CAAACAUCACGUUUCAAUCAAGGAAACAGGAAGACUUAAACACCCUAUCGGAUCGCCUAAAUCACACACGCCAAAACCUAUCAGAUUCAAGCCUGAUGUAAACACUCGAUAAGCUGGAAACCACUCCGCUUCGCGUCGUCGACCGAACCGCUCUUACAGAGACACUCUCUUAAUACUGAAACGCCAUAUUCGGCUUGGAGAUUGCCGAGGUUGAAGACAAAAGCUUAUCCACAGGGAAAAAAAUUCACUUCUUCUGUUAACCUUCUAGCCCUGUUGCUUCAUUUUAUCAUUAAGUUUGUUGAGAUGGAUUGGAAAGAUGAAGAAGAUUUAAAUUUCACCGAAUUUGACGAUGGAAGAACAUUUAGUGGCCGUGAAGAGCUCGUCGACCAAAAUAGAAACCAAUAUGGUCUACAUUUUGUGCUUGGUUUGGUUUUAGUGCUGUGUGGAGUUUUGGAAAACGUUUUUGUCUGUUGGAUAUUGAUUCGCAAGAAGAGGAAAUGUUUCAAAAGCUUUUCCAACUUUCAUUUAUUGAAUCUGGCCAUUACAGAUAUUCUCUUUCGAGCCGUUUCUGUUCCGGAAUUGCUGCCAGGAGAAAUUAUUGGCGGGAGCGACUUCAUAUGUAAAUUGAUCGACUUCAGUAGACACACUACUUUGGCGGUAACAUUUGCUAUUCUGGCCGGAAUAUCAUUUGAUCGAUACAUUCACAUUGUUCAUCCGUUUAGAGCCAGGACAAUUACAUGGAAACACAGUAGAAAUGUGAUGGUACUCUCGUGGGUUUGCGGAGGGCUUUUGUCUGCGCCAUUUUUGAGCAGCACAGUGUGGACUGUUGAAGUAAACGAGGAAACUAUGGACAAAUUUGGGAACUGCGUUGACAAACAUGGCCUAUCGUUUCAGAUUUCCUUAGCUGUAUUCCUUGUUGGUGCGUUCAUCGUUCCCUUGGUUUUCAUGGGAUUUGUUUACAGUAGAAUUGUGAUUGUCCUAUGGCGUCGGGAUCGUUCCAAGAUAUCUAACAAAAACAUGAUCAAGACCAAACUUCGAGUCGUCAAAAUGAUGGUGUUGAUUGUCCUUACAUAUUUCAUUACAUGGGGUCCGUAUCUUAUUGUUAGAACUGUGACAGUUUUUUCUCUCGAGGGAAGAAAUUCUGAGGAAGUUGAGGGAGAAGGCUCGACAGAAUUACAGUCAGAUAACGAGGAACUAUAUGAGUCAUUACAAUUAUUUGAGGGCAUAUCUGACACGUUGUCUUUGAUGAGUUCCAUUUUAAACCCCCUGAUAUUUAGCUUUUAUAACGCUAGCUUUAAAGAGGAAGUAUACAACAUUUUUCGUAGAAUGAAAGGCGCGAAAUUUUUUGGGAAACGUAAACACAUCGUUGUGCCUUUAGCAGAGUAAACUCGUGAUACCACGACGUAGGCCGCGCAGUUAGGCUGCGAACUCUGUUACACUCGCCUCAGAAAUUAAAGUAAUUUAAGUAAUAAAUAAGGAUGAGGUUUAUCGAUAUAAAGUCACUGCACGUGAUAUAUUAUCUACCAUUUGAUGGGUUAAUGGGCUUAUGAAUUAUUAAUGAGUUUUUGAAUUAAAAAUAAAUAUUCCAAAAACGAA